GGUGGGUGGUGGGGAGCAGCUCACUCGGGGCAGGUGGUAUAAAAGCGUCGUGCCGGACUCACCCUUUACACUUCGCUCUCUUCCACCGGGACGGCAGCAAACAUGAACUGCAAAGCCCUCUUGUUCGUGGCGCUCGCCGCCCUUGUGGCGCUCCAGUUCGCCAGCGCUCACCCGCUGAGCAAGCGCAGCUGCGCCUGCGGCCUCAAGGGCACCGAUGUCUGCUCCUCGUGCAUCCCCGCUGCCGUCCCCAGGCCCGGCAGGCCCGGCCGCGUCCCCACCGGCGGCAUGCAGCGCGUCGUCUACCAGAAGUUCGCCCCCGUCGAGUUCAAGCCCCAGGACAUCUGCACCUGUGCCGGUGGUCUGGUGACCGCCCCUGAGAUCCCCCGCGUGGCUUGCAAGGUCCACUCCGGCCCCACCCACCAGUCCCCCAACUACUACUACCACGGCUCCAACGGCCUGUUCCUGGGCGGUGGUAACGACUGUGGUGACGCCCCCGUCAACCCCUGCGAAGAGGGCGGCCCCGCUCCCUCCCAGGUCAAGACCUACGUGAUCCCCGCCGAGAACUCUGUGCCCGCCGAGGAGCUCAUCGAGGAGGUGCAGGUCGCUCCCUCCAGCCCCGUCGCCGCUGAUGCCGUCUCUCUGGCCCUCGCCUACGACAUGGCCACCAAGGCCCAGAAGAACAUCCAGGAGGAGAACCUCGCUUUCGGUCACAUGCAGACCCCCAAGGACGGCCGCGUCGUCAUCAAGAAGAAGGUCGUCCCCGAGAGCAGCCUGUACGCCGUCCGCAACCAGAUCGUCGAGCUGAAGGCUCCCUCCGGCUUCGGCCGCUCCUGCGAGGAUGAGGCCGAGGCUUCCCUCCUGGCCGCCCAGCAGGCUUCCUGCGGCGAGGUCGAGGAGAGCAGCUACGGCGCCUCCAUGCCCUCAUACCGCGACCUCGGCUUCGCUCCCGUCGGCGGUGACUGCAAGUUCGUUCCCGGCCAGUACCAGCCCAGCCCCCAGGUUGUCCAGACCGUCGAGUACUCCGUGCCCGCCGCCCCCGCUGCCCCCGCCGGCCCCGCCUACGGCCCCUGUGACGCCCUCGCCUCCCUGGAGCGCGGUCGUGGCAGCAACCAGGCUGACUACUACUCCUCCGAGGCUCAGGCUGAGGCCGCCGCCGAUGCCGCCGCCGCCGACGCUGCCGCCCCCAACUGCGAGGACUCUGAGUCCGGCUCCAGCUACGGCAGCUACGCCGCCGCCGCCCCCUCCGGCUACGGCAUCUACUCCUCCUCCGCCGCCGCCCCCGCUCCCCGCGCCGCCCCCGUGCACACCGGUCGCCGUGGCUGCUCUUGCGGCUGCGGAUACUAAGCGCUGUCGCCGUUUGGACCAGCCAGACUGACAUCGCACCAGCCUCAUGAAAGCUCAACAUGAAGCGUGCAUCACCGACCCGACCGGCGGACCAACCGGCCCUGUACAAGGACAAGCGGUUACGGUGCCUCGGCAAGUCAAAUUUCAACGAUUGCAAAAUUAGUUUUUUGGGUCAAAGAGUUGGCGGGAACUCAAAAUUAUUUUUCAUUUCUUUUUCGGUUUCUGGGCAAAAUUUAAUGACAUCUGCUGCAUGUAUUUCGUUUCCUAAAUUGAUUCUUUUUGGCACUAAUUUUGAAAGUAGCAGCAUUUGUAUGCAAUUAAUGUCUCCUAGACUAGGCUCGGGUUUCAUAAAUUUUGAAAGGGGUCUUAUAAAUUGUGUAGAUUUAAUGAAUUAUUUGAACUUUGGGCAAGCCAAUCAAAAUUCUAGUCUUGGUCCUUUGGAAGAUUCUAAAUGGAGGCCUGACCCUGUCUUAAUUGUGUUCGGCUGAAUUAAUAGUUUCCACCAGCUCUUAAUUUUUCGUCAUUACUCUGAUCCAAAUUUUUUGAGCAUAUCUUAUUUUAAAAGUUUUGGCAAUCAAUCUAGAAAAUUUAUCAACUAAAUUCUAAAUUUCAUCUCACUAGUCAUUAGGGAUUGAUUCCUACAAAUUUGUGUCUAAAAAUAGUUUUUGAUAGUCCAUUUAAAUUAUAAAUUUUUUCAUUUGUGUGAAUGGAUGUAUGAUUGGUAUUUAAAUUAUGAAUGAAAAUUAGUAGUAAUUUUUAAUUUAUUUAGCAAAUGUGAAUUUAGCUAAUUGUCUCAUUACUCUUGCGCGCAUUAGUACUCCGAGAAUAUUUGAUUAAACUAAAAUUUGUGAUUCUUUAGAUGUAACGUAGGUAGGAAAAUUUGUACAGUUUUGUUGCCACUUGCUAUAAUUACCAUUAACUCGCUAUGCUAGAAUGUUUACGAUAUGCGCAUAAUCAUGAACUGAAAUUGUAAAUUUGUCUCAAGGUCUAAAAGCAAUGAGGGCCCCCCCAAAACAUUCCCCCUGUACCUCCAGUACCUGUCUGUGCUGAACUUCAAAGAGAGAGAAGAAGGCUGCUUAUUUGACUUGGCAAAGUAAAGCCUUGUCAAAAGGAGAAUAAAAAUGCUCCAAUCUCAAGUAAAA